AUGUCCAUACCAGAUUCGGAAAGCGUACAGCAAUAUAACAAACAUUUCAUCCCUCUCGAAUCAAAUCCAGACGUCUUCACCGAGCUUGCGCAUAAGCUCGGUUUAUCCGCUUCAUUGGGCUUCCAAGAUGUGCUCUCUAUAGACGACCCGGAGCUACUUGGAUUUCUUCCACGUCCAGCCCUCGCAUUGAUCCUGGUGUUUCCGACGACGGAGGCGUAUGAGAAGAGAGCUCAGGAUGAGGAUGCCAAGCUCGAGGAGUUCCACAGCUCUGGCGAUGUUGUAUUCUUCAAACAGACCAUUAACAAUGCAUGCGGUCUUUAUGCAAUCUUACAUGCUAUCUGUAAUAGCGAAGCGCGGCAGAAGAUCGAUGAGGUCUCGAUCAUCGCUCGAUUACUGGAUGCUAGUCUAGCACCUGAUAUAGACGGAUUGGCCCAGGCAUUAGAGGAAAACAAGGCGUUGGAAGUUGCAUAUGCUGGCGUAGCAAGCAAAGGCGAUACUGAGGCGCCUCUGAAUGCGGAAGACGAGGUGGAAUACCACUAUAUCGCUUUUGCCAAAUCGUCCAAAGACAACCAUCUAUACCAAUUCGACGGCGACCGCAAGUGUCCUCUAGAUCUAGGGGCGCUCACAGCAGACGAAGACGUUCUCUCUGAGAGAUGUCUCAGCGUCAUUCGUGGUAUGAUGGCAAGAGAGGACGAGAAUCCCAACUUCAGUUUGAUGGCUCUGACAGAGCAUGCAGAGAUGUAG